AUGGAAAUGAGCGCAGACCCAGACCGUGAGGAGCUGGCAGCCAGCUUCAAACACCCCGUUCUCAGACCACCCGGAGUGGUGUCCAGCCUCAUCCUGGCCUCUAGAAAAUUCUCAGGGCCACAUCAGGAAGCCUGUCUGCCAUGGAACAUCCAGAGGCUUAAUAACUAUGACUUGGCCAGCGAGUGGGCAGCCAAAUACAUCUGUAAUCGUAUCAUCCACUUCAGACCUGGACAGGACAGGUACUUCACACUGGGCUUACCGACAGGAAGUGCACCUUUAGGAUGUUAUAAAAAACUAAUAGAGUAUCACAAAAGUGGAAACCUUUCUUUUAAAUAUGUGAAGAUAUCUAAUAUAGAUGAAUAUGUAGGACUCCCAAAAAAUCAUCCUGAAAGCUACCAUUCUUAUAUGUGGAAUAACUUUUUUAAGCAUAUUGACAUAGAUCCUCAUAAUGCUCAUAUCCUUGAGGGGAAUGCUCCAGAUUUACAAGCAGAAUGUGAUGCAUUCGAAAAGAAAAUAAAAGAAGCUGGAGGGAUAGAUUGCUUUGUUGGAGGAAUAGGUCCUGAUGGCCAUAUUGCUUUCAAUGAGCCACGAUCCAGUUUAGUAUCAAGGACAAGAUUAACAACUCUAGCCAUGGACACCAUUUUGGCAAAUGCUAAAUAUUUUGAUGGUGAUUUAUCAACAGUGCCAACAAUGGUUCUAACUGUUGGUGUGGGCACAGUGAUGGAUGCUAGAGAGGUGCACACAAGGCCUUUGCCCUGUACAAAGCAAUUGAGGAAGGUGUCAAUCACAUGUGGACUGUCUCCGCUUUCCAGCAGCAUCCACGAACUAUUUUUGGAUGUGAUAAAGAUGCUACUUUAGAGCCUAGAGUUAAAACUGUCAAGUACUUUAAAUGUUUAAUGCAU